AUGUUGUCCAAUAUCCUCAGUCUAUCCCUCCUCUCUCUUCUUCUCCCAAUUACCGCCUCCGCUGCCGCACACGGAAACCCCAUCCUCAACCGCCACCACGACAUUGCGAGGCGUGCAGACGGCCAUAUCGAUGUCUUCAAACGCGCUGCGGGCGCUAAAAUGUCAUACUACAAUGUCCAGACUGGCAAUGCUGGGUCCUGUGGAAGAUUUCACGUAAACAGCGACUUUACGGUCGCUCUCAACGCAGCUCAAAUGAACAAAGGUCUAUGCUUCAAGACCAUCAGGAUCUCAUACGGUGGAAAGACUGCAACGGCAACCAUUAGUGACACAUGCCCCGGAUGCCCAUGGAACGGUCUAGAUCUCACAGAGGGACUCUUUGCCUUCUUCGCACCUCAUUCAGUUGGUAUCAUCCAUGGAGACUGGGAGUUCACUGAUGCAGCUCCUCCUUCUCCUGCGCCCCCAAAGACCACCUCGGUUUGGGUUCCCCCCACCACAACCAAGAAGUCCACUCCUGCUUGGACCCCACCUACCACUACUUGGUCUCCCAAGCCUACCCCAACUAGUACCUGGGUUCCUCCUCCUCCUACAACCACCAGGACUUCUACAACUCGUAUUCACUCCUCUUCCUCUUCUUCCGUCUCAUCCUCGUCCUCAUCAUCUCAGUCCCACGCCUCGUCGUCCGCCAGCUCUUCCUCAUCCGGUUCCUCGUCUUCUCCCAUCAACUACUCUACAGGAGCGGCGGCAGGUCUCGCUGUUCCCACUGGCACCGUCAACCGCACACCUGGCUCGGCUGAAAACUUGGCUGAUCUCUACCAAGUAUUCAUUCAAGUUGGAGGAGUUGCCGCGGCUGCCAACAACCUAUAA